AUGUGCGAGUACACUGGAGAUGCCAAAGACCCCCAACGCCACUGCCAGAUAGAGCUAACUGAUGAAGACAUCAAUGACAUGACCAAAACCGCGCUGAACGAGAGCUUGGCAGAUUGCAGCAAAACAGGGUUAAACCCUUUCUGUGUAGUCAACAAACCUCCAGCUGCCGACUCUUCUUUCUGGAAUAAGAAACUUCAAGAUAAACCAACGAAGAAGACCCGGACAAAGAAUAAGGCUCCUAAAAAGCCCGCCAAGAAGAAGACCAACCCCUCCGAGUUAUUUGACUUGGAUGAUAAUGAUGAGUCAGAGGAUGAUGCGGAGGCCAGCCGUGCAGAUGAUGAAGAGGGAACCUCUCACUCUUCAUCUGGUGAUUCCACUGGGACCCAGGUCCCUAUGUUCAAGACCAUACCUGGUGCCAUGGCCAAACCCAGCAAGAAGCUGAAGGUUAAUAAACCGUCCGAAGAUCCCAAGGUGGCUGACCCGGAGAAGUAUACAACGUCUGAGUCUUUGGAUCAAGCUUCAGAAGCAGCCAUGGAUGACACGCCACCAGAGGAGCACCCUGUCACCACAGACCCUAUGAAUGUUGAUCCAGAGAACGCUAAGCCACCCAGCCCCGCUCAGCCAGCUCAAGAAACUGAAGAUGUCAUAGCUGAACUAAAUAUGAAGGAAUCCCCAGUCAAUUAUCUGAGGCAAAACAUUCAAACCCAGCAAUCGGAGACUUCAAAGGCUAAAUUAGAGCUGAACACCGCUUUGGAAAACAUUGAAAAUCUGAAAAAGGACUUCAGUGCUGAGAGAACCGGCUGGGAGACCGAGAAGGCGGCUCUAUUGAAAAGAGCAGAAGAUGCCGAAGUUGCCCUUACGUCGGUAACCGACGAGUGUUCCGGUUUAAAGUAUCAAAUCAACAGCAUGACAACUGCCAUCUUUGGCUCCAAAAGCUCCAAGCUGGGUCAAGACAUGCGCAUCCGGCUUAAGGCUGUAUAUCACUAG